AUGGAGACCGUGGGGAAAUUCGAGUUCAGCAGGAAGGAUUUGAUAGGACACGGUGCAUUUGCGGUGGUGUUCAAAGGCAGGAAUAGAGAGGUGAGGGAACGAUGUGGCAAUGUUUUUGUGUUAAUCUUUUACAAAUCUAGAUUGUGUCAAUUUAGCUAUUAUCCAAAAUAAAUAUUUGCGUCUGCAUUGUUAUCGUUUUUAUACUGUCGUACGACCUUAAUUUGGCCAUGCCAGCUGAAAGAUGCAAUCAUCUGGGUUGAGGAUGAAAAAUAUGUACAGCCAUUUGCAGGUGAAAUAUAUGCGUAAUAAUUUAUUACAAGUGCAUUAUUAACCUAAAUUACAAUAUUGGUCUUUCACAGUUUUGGUGGGUGGGUGUGUUUGAUGGGGAUGGUCGAACAUCUAGCUUAGGGGGCUUUUGUCUAUUCCAAAAGUCCAAACUUGACCAUUGAUCACAAUGGCAUGUUGAGACAUGUUUGUCCAACAACAACAUAGUUUAUGCUGAGGAGGGAGGAUUCUGGUUUAUGGAGAAAAUGGAAAGCCAGGCCUACCUUAUUAAUUCCACUGAAUGUUGUUACUAUUCUGUGUUGAGCAGUUAACAAAGAAACAGGGACUCAUAUAUGCUUAAUUUAGAGUUAUUUAUGUAACUUUAGUUGUGAUACAAAUGUUGGGCUGUAUGUUUUGAUUUUUAAUAAAUUCUAAGGCUGUAUGAUGCAACUCUAAUGAUGAUUUGAAAAAAGUUGCAUGAAAGGCAUGAACUCUGCUUUGUUUCUUGCGCAGGCUGCACACACUUCAUCAGUCUCUCAUUCACAAUUUGACAAGCUCUUGAUAAUGCCUCAAAUUUCCUGGCGGCAUCCCCUUUGUGUGGCUGUAAUGCCCCCUAAAAGAAUCCAUGCCUUUUGCGGCCAGUGGCCGUUGUGCCCUUGGGCUGAAUAUAAUAACUAUAAUUUCCUUCUCCCGGCGGCAUGCUCCAAAGCACCUCUCACUCAAAUGACUCUCCAUAACGAUCAGGUCUUUCUCACAGGCUACAAGUGAAGACAGACGCAACUGCGCGCAUCCUUAUCCAAUUCCGAGGCGCAUAUUGAAGAUAUUAGAAGAACUGUCCACAUUUACUUUUCGUCAGCCAACAAGAUGAGUAGGCCUAACGAACAGCAAAAGCACUAGCCUAUGUCAAUCUACUAUCCCCCGUGCUAAAAAAGUUGACCUAUUCAAUUCUGUGCGAGAAAUAAAUAUUCCAAACAUAGUCUGGGACAGUUGUGGGAUGGGAUAGAUCCCAAAUUAAUACAACCACUAGCAUUCCCCAAAACGUUUUUAAGCAAUGAGGCUGGCUCAACAGAUCAGAACGUUUUGCUUAAAAUGUUGAUAAACUAUUAGGCUAUUUCUUCACAUUAUGCAGUAAUGCGCACAUGGCAGUAGGCUAUAAGCGUGAAUGUUCCAUUAGCGGGAAAAUACCAUUCUCAAAAGUGACCACAAAUGCGAUUUAUGGAUGUAAUGCUUUUAUUAUAAAGGUACAUUUUUAUGGUGAAAAUUAUCUUCCCCAAACUAGGGGCAGGGGGAAAAAAAGACAUGUCAUCUAUGUACUUAAAUAGCGAAUGAAGGACGCUUUUCCCGUGUUCCAUUUUCAUGCCAGCCAGGUAGGCUAUACUCCUGUUGUAAAGAGAAGCAAUGUAUUUAAUAUUAGGAAAGUUGAGAAAUAAAUAUAGUAGGCCUAGCCUACAGAAAGCUGAUGGGAUCCUCCUGUUUUUAAUAGAGGCCAUCACUCUGUUUUCUCACACAAUUGCAUAGCCUAUAGAAAUGUUGCGCAACAUGAGCUCAUGGGCUCUCAUGAAGUGUUUGAUUAGAUUUCCGAUUACAUUUGCAUUAAUGUCAAGAGUGAUUAGCGGGACAAUGGAGUGCUGAGUACCAGGCAGUUAGCAACUUUUGUAGGCUACUAAUGACCAUCAGCAGCAUCAGAGCUUGGAGAAGCCUAAUUACCGUGAUUAAAUGGUCAUGUGGUAUUUGACUGCCAUCAUGACAUGUGACUCACCGUAAUAGCCCUAGUUGUAGGAAGCAAUCACUCCCCUUUUGCUGACUACAAAUGAUCUAUAACUGUACUAAUAACUCACUAACUAGCAAAGGAUAUGAACAAAAAUGUGCACACAUGGCUACAUGCAGCUCUCGCUUUGAUCUCAAAACAACCGCAUCUAUUCACGACCGCUCAUGCUGUGAACAUAGUCCAGUUCAAAGUAAAUGGCACAGAUCCAUAUAUGGAUGUUUGCAUAUAGGCCUACUGCAGCUCUGAUUGUUUAUGCCGCACCGGUCUGUGUACCAGUAGCGCGUGUCAAUUCAAUAGAAUCCUACUCCGAUACGUUCUGCCUAUAACAAAAUCUCUUGCAUAGUUUGUUUUGAUAUGUUCCAUUAAAAGUGGUUAAUAUUGCGUUGAUUCGAUCACAAUUGCCACAGUAAAGGGAAACGUUGAUAGUAUUAACAGGGAAAACUCUAGAACAGUGGUCACCAACCUUUUCUGAGUCAAGAUCACUUCGAGUCAAAAUGCAAGCUGAGAUGUACCGCUCAGAUAACUUAAAAAACAUAAGCCUAUGCAACAUUAACCAAUUAAAAACAGUACUGUAGUAAUGAGGUUUGUGCAGUAAGCUGUAGGCCCAAUACAUUAACACCGCAUAUUGUUGUUCAGGCCAUUUUAAUGUUACUGGGCUGAUGGUACCUGCAUCUGAGGGUCUGCCUCUCAACAUCCCUCCGCUCUCCCUUUCCUCCACUGACACUGACCAAAAAGGGACACUAUCUUCCAGCUGAUGGCAAAACUUGAGUCGCACUGCAUUAUUUCUGCCUCAAGCACAAAUUCAUGUUGUUACUCCUAUGAACAGAGACAGUGAAAUAUUUCUCAAUAUUAAAAAAGACCCAAGCCGCUAAUAAUAACAACAAGCAAGCCUACAGAUACACUUUCCUACUCAUUCAUUACUGCUGCAGUGCUUUUUGUAGCGCUGAGUGGAAAUAGGAAGAAUGUGCAUUUUAUGGCUUUUUGGAAAGUAUUCAGACCCCUUGACUUUUUCCACAAUUUGUUACGUUACAGCCUUAUUCUAAAAUGGAUUAAAUAAAUAAAAGUCCUCAGCAAUCUACACACAUAAUGUAACGUAAAUUUGUUACAAAUAAAAAACAGAUAUGGCUUAUUUACAUAAGUAUUCAGACCCUUUGCUGUGAGACUCGAAAUUGAGCUCAGGUGCAUCCUGUUUCCAUUGAUCAUCCUUGAGAUGUUUCUACAACUUGAUUGGAGUCAACCUGUGGUAAAUUCAGUUUAUUGGACAUGAUUUGGAAAGGCACACACCUGUCUAUAUAAGGUUCCACAGUUGACAGUGCAUGUCAGAGCAAAAACCAAGCCAUGACGUCAAAGGAAUUGUCUGUAGAGCUCCAAGACAGGAUUGUGUCGAGGCACAGAUCUGGGGAAGGGUACCACCAAAAUUCUGCGGCAUUUAAGGUCCCCAAGAACACAGUAGCCUCCAUCAUUCUUAAAUGGAAGAAGUUUGGAACCACCAAGACUCUUCCUAGUACUGGCCGGCCGGCCAAACUGAGCAAUCGGUGGAGAAGGGCCUUGGUCAGGGAGGUGACCAAGAACCCGAUGGUCACUCUGACAGAGCUCUAGAGUUCCUCUGUGGAGAUGGGAGAACCUUCCAGAAGGACAACUAUCUCUGCAGCACUCCAGCAAUCAGGCCUUUAUGGUAGAGUGGCCAGACGGAAGCCACUCCUCAGUAAAAGGCACAUGACUCCCACAGGGCUCCAGAGUGGCGCAGCGGUCUAAGGCACUGCAUGUCAGUGCUUGAGGCAUCACUACAGACCCCUGGUUCAAUUCCAGGCUGUAUCACAACCGGCCGUGAUUGGGAGUCCCAUAGGGCGGCGCACAAUUGGCCCAGCGUCAUCUGGGUUUGGCCGGUGUAGGCCGUCAUUGUAAAUAAGAAUUUGUUCUUAACUGACUUGCCUAGUUAAAUAAAGGUUAAAAAAAAUAAAAAUAAAUGACAGCCAGCUUGGAGUUUGCCAAAAGGCACCUAAAGACUCUCAGACCAUGAGAAACAAGAUUAUCUGGUCUGAUGAAACCAAGAUUCAACUCUUUGACCAUUUAAUCAACUUUAGAAUAAGGCUGUAACCUAACAAAAUGUGGAAAAAGUGAAGGGGUCUGAAUACUUGUCAACACUUUGUUGACAGUGCUUAAAGAACUUAAACAUAAAAACAGCAUCUCUUUGCUGUAUUUGUUGACAGUCUCUCUCUAGUCAUGGUUUUAUACGUUUUGAAAUCUGAGUAUCAACUUUGCUGUAGCUUUCUUUUAUGCCUGCUACGUUACUGCAGACAUGGUAAUCUGAGCCAUCUGAUUGGCCAGCGGUAGCCCUAUAGUGCACUUGAUUUGCUCUCUGGGCCUGCCGGGAAGGCAGAGUUUGUACCCUCAGACACAUGAAAUGGUUCAAAAUGGCAACAAUUCUCCUACCCGGCGCGCAGGGCAGCUGAAUCGAGUGUACCUACCGCCAAUAGCCCAAGACAAAAAAAUUUAAAAGGAACACAAUGCUUUAUUGUAGGCUACCUUACCACUUACUUAUGUUCCAUGCCUUUCACCUAUAAGCAUUCAUUACAUGCACCCAGAAAACAUUAGGCAGAAUGUGUAUUAUAAUUGUUCAUAAUUAUUUUUAUUUGUCUAUAGAAACAUGACUGGGAGGUGGCUGUGAAAUGCAUAAACAAGAAAAACUUGGCAAAAUCUCAGACCCUUUUGGGGAAAGAGAUCAAGAUACUCAAGGUAAGGCAACCAGUUUUAUUUUCGAUACAUUGUAUACAGUAAGACUUUCCAUUUGAAUAGCUGUAAACUUGUGUUGUUUUUUGUUGUUGCAAAGAACAAACAUUUCCCAUUUAUUUUCCCCAGGAACUAAAACAUGAGAACAUUGUUGCAUUACAUGACUUUCAGGUAUGUAUAAAGCCAAAUCCUUAAAGGUGCAAUAUGCCGAAAUCGCUCCGCCAUUUCCUGGUUGCUAAAAUUCUAAUAGUUCGCCUAAUUUCAGUUUAUGUGACAAAGCAAGUGUAGAGAAUCAUUGUACCAUCUAAACCGCUGUGAAAUAUAUUGUCAAUAACCAAAAAUAUUGUAUUUUCAGCUGUUUGAAGCAGGUGUCAAAACCGAAAGUAGACUUAAGAACUGGAAGCAUAGAAAUAGCGCACAUAGAACAUAUCUACCCCUUCUUAGACUUACUUUCAAUGAGAAUGACAGAUCUAUAACUCACAUUUGUAUGUGAAUUUGGAAGCUGCAACAUGUAACUUUUUGGACGACCCAACCAAAUUCACACAUAAAUAGGAGUUAUAGAUCUGUCAUUCGCAUUGAAACCAAGUCUGAAGCGGUAGAUCUGUUCUGUGUGCGCUAUUUCUAUGCUUCCCGGUCUUAAGUUUCAUUUUGCCAUCUUUUACUUUGGGUUUUGUACACCAGCUUCAAACAGCUGAAAAUAAAUAUUUUGGGUUAUUGAAAAUAUAUUUCACAGCUGUUUGUAUGGUACAAUGAUUCUCUACACUUGUUUUGUCACAUAAACUGAAGUUAGGUUAACUAUUCGAAAUGCAUUUUUUUACCCACUUUUGUUUCAUGUCAUCUUUGUUGCAUUACUUGCUGGUUGUUACACAAGUUUGUUGUUCUGUACUGAGCUUUUCUGUACAAUUCAUUUAUCAACCGUUAUACAACAGGUGGCACUAAUCCUGAAUGCUGAUUGGUUAAAACUGCAUUCCAGCUGGUGUCUAUUUCGCAAGUUACCACCGGCUAAAUCUAUGACGUUAAAAUGCCUAUUUACUCUGUUCCAUCUGACUGCGCAAUCCACUGUCUCAUCAGCCCAGCCAGGCAAUUUAUAAACUUGAUCUCCACUAUAAAAAGCAUCUAGACAUUAUCUCACAUUUCUUUUAGACUAACAUUUAGUUUUCAACAGCAGAGAUUUGUAUAAACCCUGCUGUCUGUCUCUCCGACAUUUGCAACAUUGUUUCAAUAUUCAAAUUCGAUCUCCAGCUGUCCCAUAGUAAUGAAUGUGUCGGGUGUCGGGACGAGACAGACUGGCAGGCAGCGUUUCUCAGCCAGUCGAAAUCAUGAAUCAGCUGGCAUAAUUUUUAUGGACAUAUACAAAUAAAUUUCAAUUGAAAAAAGGUAAAAGAAACGAAGUGCAGCUAGUUUGCAGUCUUUCCAGCUUUAGUUUGAAGUGAUUGUGUUAGCUGUGUUGUUGGCUAGCUCCUCUGAACAACAGUGUCCUGAUGAGAGAGCACAUUUUCUAUGCCAGGCGAAAUUGUGCCUCAUUAGCUCAUUGUUAUGGAUCUAUCCAAAUAAAUGUAACUAGAAAACAGCUUAAACAAGUGCAAAUGCAGCUAAUUUGUUGUUAUUCUGGCUGCACUGUUUGACGUGACUGGAAAUUAGCCGUAGUUGGCUAGCUAGCAAGCAAGGGAUAAGAACGUUGCCAGCCAGUAUGGCAAUGGAACAUUUAGAACAAAUGGCUGGGUCCAUAGAUACAUAACAAAAAGACUGAAUGACUGGGUCGUCUCUCUGGCAACCGAACCGAUAGAACGAACGACCAGCCGGCUUGGGUAGCAACCCUAGAUUUGUGUCGGGACUAUAUCUUGUGGAAGAAUGAAAUAGUAUUAAUUAAUUAAUCAAAAUAAUGUUUUUAAUUAAAAUAUGUUAACCAUUAUUUGAAUAUGUUGGUAACCCGUUGUAUUUGGCACUCCAAACACCGGCUUCUCGGGCAUUAUCACUUACAGUGGGGAAAAAAAGUAUUUAGUCAGCCACCAAUUGUGCAAGUUCUCUCACUUAAAAAGAUGAGAGAGGCCUGUAAUUUUCAUCAUAGGUACACAUCAACUAUGACAGACAAAAUGAGAAAAAAAAAUCCAGAAAAUCACAUUGUAGGAUUUUUAAUGAAUUUAUUUGCAAAUGAUGGUGGAAAAUAAGUAUUUGGUCAAUAACAAAAGUUUCUCAAUACUUUGUUAUAUACCCUUUGUUGGCAAUGGCACAGGUCAAACGUUUUCUGUAAGUCUUCACAAGGUUUUCACAAACUGUUGCUGGUAUUUUGGCCCAUUCCUCCAUGCAGAUCUCCUCUAGAGCAGUGAUGUUUUGGGGCUGUCGCUGGGCAACACGGACUUUCAACUCCCUCCAAAGAUUUUCUAUGGGGUUGAGAUCUGGAGACUGGCUAGGCCACUCCAGGACCUUGAAAUGCUUCUUACGAAGCCACUCCUUCGUUGCCCGGGCGGUGUGUUUUGGGAUCAUUGUCAUGCUGAAAGACCCAGCCACGUUUCAUCUUCAAUGCCCUUGCUGAUGGACGGAGGUUUUCACUCAAAAUCUCACGAUACAUGGCCCCAUUCAUUCUUUCCUUUACACGGAUCAGUCGUCCUGGUCCCUUUGCAGAGAAACAGCCCCAAAGCAUGAUGUUUCCACCCCCAUGCUUCACAGUAGGUAUGGUGUUCUUUGGAUGCAACUCAGCAUUCUUUGUCCUCCAAACACGACGAGUUGAGUUUUUACCAAAACGUUCUAUUUUGGUUUCAUCUGACCAUAUGACAUUCUCCCAAUCCUCUUCUGGAUCAUCCAAAUGCACUCUAGCAAACUUCAGACGGGCCUGGACAUGUACUGGCUUAAGCAGGGGGCACUGCAGGAUUUGAGUCCCUGGCGGCGUAGUGUGUUACUGAUGGUAGGUUUUGUUACUUUGGUCCCAGCUCUCUGCAGGUCAUUCACUAGGUCCCCCCGUGUGGUUCUGGGAUUUUUGCUCACCGUUCUUGUGAUCAUUUUGACCCCACGGGGUGAGAUCUUGCGUGGAGCACCAGAUCGAGGGAGAUUAUCAGUGGUCUUGUAUGUCUUCCAUUUCCUAAUAAUUGCUCCCACAGUUGAUUUCUUAAAACCAAGCUGCUUACCUAUUGCAGAUUCAGUCUUCCCAGCCUGGUGCAGGUCUACAAUUUUGUUUCUGGUGUCCUUUGAAAGCUCUUUCGUCUUGGCCAUAGUGGAGUUUGGAGUGUGACUGUUUGAGGUUGUGGACAGGUGUCUUUUAUACUGAUAACAAGUUUAAACAGGUGCCAUUAAUACAGGUAACGAGUGGAGGACAGAGGAUCCUCUUAAAGAAGAAGUUACAGGUCUGUGAGAGCCAGAAAUCUUGCUUGUUUGUAGGUGACCAAAUACUUAUUUUCCACCAUAAUUUGCAAAUAAAUUCAUAAAAAAUCCUACAAUGUGAUUUUCUGGAUAUUUUUUCCUCAAUUUGUCUGUCAUAGUUGACGUGUACCUAUGAUGAAAAUUACAGGCCUCUCUCAUCUUUUUAAGUGGGAGAACUUGCACAACUGGUGGCUGACUAAAUACUUUUUUCCCCCACUGUAAAUAGGCCUGUUUAUUUUUGUGCAUCUCUAAAAUAGUUAGCCAAUUCUCUACAUUUUUAUUGUUAUUCAUGGUCCUACACAUGAAAGCAUUAGCAACCGUGAACACUAGAGCAGCUUCAAAAGAUACACGUCUUACAACCAGGGUUGAGUAGGUUACUUUUUAAAUGUAAUCCGUUACAGUUACUAGUUACCUGUCUAAAAUUGUAAUCAGUCACGUAGUUUUUGGAUUACCUAAACUCAGUAACGUAAUCUGAUUACUUUCAGUUACUUUUGGAUUACUUCACCCGUAAAACACAUAAGAAGAAAAAAAAGAUUACCAAUUUACCAACAUUUAUUGCAGGAUGUUUGAGCCACUAAGCAGAGCCACAUUAGAACACAUCACAAAACAUUGUGACAAAAAUGUAUUUAAGCCCUGUAUACCUGCCUCUAACAUGCAUCCUUCAUCCUGAUCUUGUCCAUUUAGCCUACACCUAUAAGAUCUGAUCACAGUCAGACCACAAUGCGUCUUUUAGUCAUGUACACCUGUCUAAAAAUGUGGGCACACAGACAAUGUGCAGGACAAAUGAUAACCAGGUAUAAGUAAGGGCUUAAGUAACACCGCAACAUGGAUGGUGCCAAACACUUAUCCCACGGGACACCAGUACAAAAAAGUAUGAAAAUGCAACUUAGUUAGUUAGCUAGCUAGCUAACUAAGUUUGCAACAGCCCUGACAGUGAGCAUCUACAACCCCACAUUUGGUUGGUCCGGACAGGACCAAGUAACAAUCUGAUUCACAAGUUGGGAAAUCAAAUUACAGCAGUUGAAGGACAAUUUCCGUAUUUAGGACACUAAUCUGUAUUUAUCAUAUAAAUGCCAUUUUAUAAAGGGGUGAAGACACUUGAAAAAAAACAUUCACUAGGUUGAGUAACUUACAUGAAGCAGCGUUCGUCUUCCUGAGCAUCUUCUGGAAAUUUGGUGCAAGUUGGCAACACGAACAAAGGUUAAAUAAAACAUACACGUCCUUUUACAAGCUGCAAAGACCUUGUUAUCAUGGUGCAGGUCUGUAGAUGUUGUAGAAACAAAUAUUGUGUCAUUUGAAACUUUGCACGUUCAUGCGCAAACAUGGAAGUUUGCGCACUUAUGUCCGAUAUUGUCUCAACACGGCAAAACUUACCGCCACAGAUCAUUGCAGAUAAAGUUUAGAAUUACAAAAUGUUCAUUUCUACAACAUCUACAGACCUGCACCAUGAUAACGAGAACUUUGCAGCUUGUAAAAGUACAUAUUUGUGUGUUUUGGAGUGUUUGUUACUGUUUCCAUCUCGGGAAGAUGCUCAGGAAGACAACUGCUGCUGCGGGUAAGUUACUCAAAACCUAGUGAUAUUUCAAAAAAAUUAUUCACCCUUCUAUAACAUGGCAUUUAUAUGAUUAGGGUCUUAAAUACUGAAAUUUUAUUUUAAUUUGUAUAGUAGAGCACAAUAAAGAACAUACUGUACUGUAUAAUGUAAUGUACUAAAGUCUAGUUUGUGCAUGCUAGCUUACUCAAUCAUACACCAUAACAUACAAGUGCAUUGAUACAUAACAUUAAAGUUAUGCAGUGGCAACACAGCUAACACUCUUACACACAUUGUUUUAAAACUAGCUCAAAUCUUAAAUGAUUGUUGCCCAAAGGAGUCUUGUAAAGACAAAAUAGAAACAUGACUUGCAAAUUACAACAAGCCCUAUAAACAGGGCCACAUCAGAACACUGAAAACAUUGUAACAGAAACUAGUCUCUAAGACAGCAACAUUGAUGGUGCAAAAAAACACUUGUCCGGCUUAAUGACAACAUAUUUGUAAUGAAAAUUGACCACUACUAUCGUCAUCUGAUCACUUGGUAAAAAUAUAAUAAAAAUACGAGCUAGAUUCCCCAGCGCAGCUGAUCCUAAUUGCAACUAACUUAACUUAAUUGCAACUAACUAACUAACUAAACUUAAUUGCAACUAACACCAGAGAACCCCCCCGUUACAAAUGUAGGGUUUAUGCUGUAGUAUUGGAUCAGAACCCCACCAAGAGUAUCUAAAUAUUGUCCAACCUCUCCCUUCUUUGUCUACUUUCCUUGCGACCACCAUUUCGAUCCCCUGACAGAUGGAACCAUCUUUUGACGCUUUUUCCCACUUUGUCGGUUGCAUCGGACGUGAGCCGGUUUCUCCUCACCGCAGCUUUAAAUGAAAAUUGGGGAAUAAAGAAUAAUUGGUUUAUUUAGAUGUUUCUUUCGAUGCUUUCUAGUAUUCAUGAAGGACUUUGGCAACAGUAGAACAUUAACUUACAAUUAACUAUCUCUUUGAGCUGCAGUUGGCACAAGGGCACCUUUCCAUUGAUUCUCCUUCAGUUCAUUGAAAGAUCAUGGGAGAUUAUGUGUGCCACACAUUCUUUCACAUCACAGCCACCUUUCAAUCCCAAAUAGUCAAUCUGUAACCACAUAGACAACAGAAAUGUGACCAUAACAUUUGGAUAUUUUAUGUCAAUAUUAAGUAAUUCACCUAAUUUUAAUAGCCUAUUGGCUGCUGAAAAACUAGUAACAGUUUUUUUCCAAUAUCAAAAACACAAACACUAUCUUAGUUUUGGAUAACUAAGGCUCCAUACAGAUCUGGAUAUUGGUUAUGUCUCGGCUAAUAAUACCACAAACUUUUAAAGCAUAAUUAUAAUGGCUGACUAGGUCAAGAGAUGGAAAUGCAAAAAGAGAUCUCACCAUCUUUUGCCUAAACUCUCUGCUGGCCUUCAGCUCUCCAUCAAGAUGUUCCAUUUGUUGAACACUGCCUACUGGAAAAAGACCAUCAGGUAGGUCUUCUUGCAGGACCCUUCUGCCUCUCUGGUCUUGAACGGUUAGAAAAAUAUUCUAAGUUGUUCUAAUAUAAUUUCCUGCUUUGUCAGAAGAUUCAGGAGCAGAGCUGA